AUGGAAGAGUUUUUGAGAAAUUCUGGGUUUAGCGAGCCUUUGAUAAAUGCAGUCCAUACUUUAGGAUACAAACACCCAACUGCUGUUCAGUCAGAAUGCAUACCUUUGAUCUUAAAAGGUGAAGAAGUCAAAGCAAAAGCCCCAACUGGCACAGGAAAAACAGCAGCCUUUGCAUUGCCGAUUCUUGAGCUAUUAAGACGAGACCCUUACAGCGUGUUUGCUUUAGUAAUAUCUCCUACAAGAGAGCUUGCAUUACAAAUUAAUGAUCAAUUCAAAGCAUUUGGCUCUAAUAUAAGUGUAAAAACCCAAUGCAUUGUGGGUGGAGUCGACAUUUUAAGGCAAGCACAAGCUUUGACACAAAUAAGACCACAUAUUGUGAUCGGAACUCCUGGAAGACUUAAUACUCUUUUAUCACAGCCGGACAUCCUUGAAAUUUUUUCAAAUUUGCAGUUUCUUGUGCUGGAUGAAUGCGAUUUUUUGGAAGAAAGCCAAAAAGAAGAUCUUGACCAAGUAAAAGCUUUGAUUUCACCAUCAAAAGUCCUGAAUUUUUCAGCUACACUUGACGAAGGGCCUACAUUAGGAGAAAGAGCCAAUAUAAAAGAAUACUUUUUACUAGUCCCUGACGUGGUAAAAGAUAAUUACUUAAUAAAGCUUUUGGAGAGGCAUAGUGAUAUAAAUAUCAUUGUGUUUACACAAACAUGCCCAGAAGCAUUUUUACUGGCUCUCCACUCUGUGACCAUUGGAAAAAUCUCUAUUUUUGAGUAAAAACUACUCGCCAUGACCAAACAAAAAAUUAUUUUAAUAUAUAAAAAUUUUUAUGGAAAAAAUGAUAUAUAAAUGAUAAUUAUUAUAAUGAAAUCUCUAGCUAAUUCUGUUUAAUUUUAAGCAGUUUGCAUUUUAAAACAUAAUUUCACAAAUUAAAUUAAUAUUUGCUUUCAAAUAUUUAAAAAAGAAAUUAACACCUCUUUGCGAGCGAUCAAAAUUUUUUGUCCACCUACAGAGCGGGAGUGAGUAAAACAUUGGAAGAAAUGAAAAUCAGCGUCUUGCCACUGCACUCAUUGAUGUCUCAGCAUGCAAGAGAGGCAAGUCUGCAUCAUUUUAGGUCUGCAAAAGCAGCUGUAUUAGUAGCAACUGAUGUAGCUGCAAGAGGAUUGGAUUUACCUCAAGUGAGGCUUGUAAUAAAUCAUCAUGUCCCUAGAUCCAGUAAAACUUAUCUUCAUAGGAUUGGAAGAACUGGUCGUGCAGGGAGAGGUGGAAUGGCCAUUACCCUCGUAACACAGUUUGAGGUUUCGCUAGUUUUGCAUAUAGAAAAAAAAUUAAACACACAUUUAGAAGAGCUUUACAACGAAGAAGAGAUGAAAAUCCUGGAAGAUGAAGUGGUUAAUACGCUAAAUAAAGUCACAAAUAUAAAAGCAGUGAUUUCACAUAGGGUAAAACGCCCUUCUUUGGAUAACAAAAAGAGAAAAGAGCUGCUGGUGUCAAAGUUAAAGAAAAUUCAGAGACUUUCGAGAAAUACGACUUAA